AGCUGAUGCAUUUCACAAGAGAUUAUCACCUGCUAAUAUUUGUACAUCAAGCCAAGUUGUAAAGCUGGCAGCUCUACGCAGCUCUAACAUCAGUGCUGUAGCCACUGGUCUAUACUGCCUGACUGCACCCUCUAGUUAGUGCCCUUUGCUCAUAAGCUUGCUUGCUGAAGACUUUGGAGGAAUUGCCUGUGCAAGGCUGGCUUCAGCCACUUGCUGAUGAGGAAGGCUGAUCAGCAGGAAUCCCAAGCACCUGUGGUCUGGGGAAAGGCCUUGGGCAGCUCUGGGAAGGAAGCUAUAACUAGGUGCCCAUCAGGGGGUGAGUCCUUCCAGCAGUCUUGCAAGGCAGGAGUGUCACCAUGGGGCUGUGGGAGGGGUUGUUUGUUGUUAUCCUUGCCUGGAGUAUAGUGCCUGCCAGUGCUCAAAGAGCCCCUGCAAACUCUGUGUUCUAUGAAUGCAACAGAACUGGCAUCCAUUUGGUUGUCAAGACAGACCCUUGGAACACUGGUCUCAAGCUCAAUCCACAGUUCCUGAGCCUGGGCAACUGCCCCUUCUCCUUUGAGAAUAGCCCCCAAGCCUUCUUCCAUUUCCAGUACAACUUCAAGGAGUGUGGCUUUGCACGGCUGAAAUCUGGCAAAACGGUUGAUCAUCUCAUCAAUCUGGUCUACAGUCCUCCAUCCCUCCGUGGCCAGUUCUACAACAAUCCUUUUGCUGAGAGGAUAAACUGCACUGACUAUGAGGCCAGUGUGAUUCCUCCACAAAUGGCUUUGGUGACUGGCCAGCUUUCUGCUUCAAGUAUGCCAAUGUUUACCGUGAAGCUGAUGAAUGAGGACUUCAGUGCGCCAUCAGAUGUGAAGGUCUUUGUCCUGGGCUCACAAAUCAAUAUGGAAUUUGCAGUACAGAGAUCCUUCCACCAGCCCCUGCGAGUAUUUGUGGAUGAGUGCACAGCUGCUGCCACACCAGAACUUUACAGAUCUCCUAGGAAUUACAGCAUUAUUGCUAACUAUGGGUGUCUCACAGAUGGCAUGGUAGCCAAUUCCUUGUUCCUUCCAAGGCCAGCUCCUGAAGUGAUCCGUCUCUCUCUGCAGGCCUUUGCAUUUAUUGGCAUAAACACUGAUAUUUACAUACAUUGCCAGGUUCUAGUUUGGGACCCAGAAGUCCUCACUGAUCCCCUGAAGAAAGCCUGUUCAUUUCAUAAAGACACCAAGAGGUGGGAACUUUUAGAUGAUCCCUCCAGUUCUGUGUGCAGCUGUUGUGAAUCAGUAUGCCAGACCUCUCAGUCUCGCUUCAAGAGAGAUCUGGAAGCACAUGGUCCACGUUAUCAUGCGGUAGUUGGCCACUUGAGGGUUCAAAAACCAGCUCAGAACACAGGCAGCUAUGAAUGGGAUUCGAAUAGUUCUCUUGCUGUCAAAAGUCACAAAGGUGGGAAACACAAUGUGAUGCCUCCAGCUGUUGGUGCCCUGCUCCUGGAAGUGGCUGUGGUUGCGGUGCUCUCCUUGGGCUUCUGCUUCUACAAUGGCUAUCAGAAAAGACUUUGCCUCCACAAGAGGGAAGCCUGUGGGAACCUGGACACUCGGCGGCUGGUGGAAGCUGAGCAGGACUGUGGAAGUAUCAAUCCUGAUUUGGAGUAACUCUAAUGAUUAAAAAAGAGAGUAAACAGUA